GUGAAUCCUAUGAAUAUGAAUGUGAUGUUACGUUAUAGACCUCUCUCUCAGAAUCUCGUAUUCAUCGAUUAUUUCCAAAUUAACUUGAGGGACCCAACCAACCAUCAUUCAACACUUGUCCUACAUUGCUUCUUCCCCUUCAUGUCUCUUUUUAGAACUCUCUCUUUUCUUCUUGUCAUCAUUUUUCCAUUUUCUAGGAGGAGAAACAGAGAGAGGGGGUUUUGGUUUUGGUUUUGGUUUUGGCAUGGAGAAUCACACGGUGAAGGUGGAGAUCAUAGAUACAGAAGAAGAUGAGGUGGGUCCCAUGGCUGAUACUGGUGGUGAAGAUCAAGAAGAUGAGGCUGUUUCAAGUUUGACAAUGGAAAGGGUAGCUGCAGCUAAGAAAUUCAUUGAGAGUCAUUAUAGGUCUCAAAUGAAACACAUUGAAGAACGCAAGGAAAGGCGUUCAGAGCUACAAAAGAAGUUAGAAUCUUCUCAUGUACCUGAAGAGGAACAGAUCAACCUAUUGAAGGAUUUAGAGAGCAAGGAGACUGAGUAUAUGCGGUUAAAAAGACAUAAAAUAUGUGUUGAUGAUUUUGACCUUCUUACCAUUAUUGGCAGGGGAGCCUUUGGGGAGGUGAGACUCUGUCGGGAGAAGAAAUCAGGUAACAUAUAUGCCAUGAAAAAGUUGAAAAAGUCUGAAAUGCUCAGCAGAGGACAGGUUGAGCAUGUUAGAGCUGAAAGGAAUAUACUUGCAGAAGUUGCCAAUGACUUCAUUGUGAAACUUUAUUACUCUUUUCAAGACACUGAAUUCUUAUAUCUUAUAAUGGAAUAUUUACCGGGCGGUGAUAUAAUGACUUUGUUGAUGAGGGAAGAAACUUUGACAGAAAGUGUGGCUAGAUUUUACAUUGCACAGACCGUUUUGGCCGUAGAGUCUAUUCAUAAACACAAUUACAUUCAUCGGGAUAUAAAACCUGACAACCUUCUAUUGGACAUAAACGGUCACAUGAAGCUGUCGGAUUUCGGUCUCUGCAAGCCACUUGACUGCUCAAAUCUAUCAUCUAUAAAUGAAAAUGAAAUAUUGGACGAUGAAAACUUGAAUGAGACGACGGACGUAGAUAAUAACAAAAAUGGUAGGCGUUGGAAAAAUCCUCUCGAACAACUUCAACAUUGGCAAAUGAAUAGAAGGAAGUUGGCAUUUUCCACGGUCGGAACUCCAGACUAUAUUGCUCCGGAAGUGUUACUGAAAAAGGGUUAUGGUGUCGAGUGCGACUGGUGGUCUCUUGGCGCUAUAAUGUAUGAGAUGCUUGUCGGCUAUCCUCCAUUUUACUCUGAUGAUCCUGUAACAACAUGCAGAAAGAUUGUGCACUGGAAAAAUCACUUAAAAUUUCCGGACGAGGCGAGAUUGACACCCGAAGCAAAAGAUCUGAUAUGCAGAUUGCUUUGUGGUGUUCCACAUAGGCUCGGUACGAGAGGAGCAAUUGAAAUUAAAGCUCAUCCUUGGUUUAGAGAUGUUGUAUGGGACAAUCUCUAUGAAACAGAGGCAGCAUUUAAACCACGAGUCAUUGGGGAGCUUGACACUCAAAAUUUUAUGAAAUUUGAUGAGGUAGAACAACCAAAGCCAAUUCGAGCUGGAUCCGGACCUAUCAGAAAGAAGCUCUUAACUCCUCAAGAUCUCAGUUUUGUUGGUUAUACAUAUAAGAAUUUUGCCGCUGUCAAGGGGAAGCGCCACUCUAAAGAUAAGGGAAGCUUGUUGCCGCAGUCAUCGAUCGAAUCCACACACAGUGAUUCUGGAAUAAACUAUUCCACCUGAUAUAAUCAAUGGACAGCACAAAAGCAUAGGUGGUUUAUGCUUAUUUUGAUGUACAUUAUUACCUUGUUAAUUAGAAAAUAGAUUGAGAUUCACCUUGUGUGAUGAUAGUGGGUAAGCCUGCUAAAUUUUCAACUGGGUUUACCUUAGUGUACAGGGAUAUCACUAUCUAUGUAUGUAUGCACCUUGAGGAAUGGUUCACUUGUAGCUCUCUAUGUCAAAGUUUUGAAGCUAAGUUGAUGUUUGUAAACUUGUCAAAUGGGUCAUGAGUGACCACUACUAGCAUGCCCAGGUUGGCAAAUUAGAGACAUGUGCCAUCACUUGUGACUAACUCUGACCCUUUUCUCUCUCUCAAUUUCUUCUUUAUUAUGACUUGUCUAGAAAUUCCUAUGGUUCUUCCAACAUAACAGCUAAUGUACUGUUGAGUUGUGACAUUGUAAUGUUGACAUAAUGAUAAAAGGGGUAUCUAUGACAACUUUGUUCUGAAUUAAA